AUGAACCAACAAGCACGCCGACCAAAAGCACGGUGGAAACGCCCCGAGGCGCUGCUCACCCCUCGCCAUGGCUCCCAUCACAAACCCCCGCGAGUCAGCGCUGUCCAUGGUGGCAACACUUACCGCCGCUUCCUACUCGACCCAUCCCUCCUUCGCCUCUCCACAGACGAGGUCAUCUUCUACAAGGCACAGACUGGAAUCCAGGCCGAUGACGCGCUCUUUGACCACAUUCACUCCGUUGCCGCCGACGCCUACCAGCUAUUUCCGUACCCAUGCGUCCGCUGGUACACGUUCACCCAGUGUGUCUUCAUGUUCUCCCCGCCUCCACGUUCUUGCCAGGGUGCCACUAACUCGAACCUCUUCCUCGACAUCGGCGCAGGCUUUGGCAACGAUCUCCGGAAGCUUGUGCACGAUGGCUAUCCCGUCGAUCGCAUGAUAGCGUUCGACAUCCGUCCAGAGUUCUGGGAGCUCGGUCACCGGCUGUUCAACUCCAGCCCGACAUCCUCCCUGUCCCACCCUUCCGGCUUGGAACCCGUCCCAAUCCCCCGCGCGCUGACUUCGCUCGUCCCGCUGGCCGGUCACGCGUCUGUGGUCUACGCCAGCUACCUCUUCCACCUCUUCAACGAGGCCGACCAAGCGCGGCUCGCUCGCAUCCUCGCCCGCCUCCUCCGCCGCACGCCUGGGGCAACCAUCUUUGGGCGGCACAAGGGCCUCGCAUCAGCGGGGCUGGAUGACGCGUUCACGUCAGAGCGCCCCAUGUACUGCCACUCGCCCGAGAGCUGGCAGGAUCUCUGGCGCGGGGUCUUCGGGGAGGACGUCCCGGUCGAGAUCUCAGCGGUGUUGUCGGGCCCGUCAACCGGUAGCCCAGAGGCAGGGGCCGCCGCUGUGGAUGAGACGGAGUCGCCGUUGCCGGCUCUCCAGGCGGUCGGGCGGGGAAGCGGACACCGAGGGGGUCGCAUUAUCUGGUCUGGAGCGUACGGCUACUCUGAGCACAGCAUCGUACCGUUUUGCGCAUGCUCGGACUGGCUUCUGACGCUGGAGUUUGGUGCAAGUGUCUGGGGGCACGACCCCGUGCGCUCGUACGCCCUUCAUAACGUACGCCUCCGUGUUCCCGAGGCACACCCCUCCCAUUCGCAUCUCAUGGCCAUCCCGUCUACGUCCGCAGAUGAGUUUUCGAAGUCGGCGUACGACUAUGUCGUCGUCGGAGGCGGCACCACCGGACUUGUCGUUGCCGCUAGACUGUCAGAGGAUCCGGACGUGAGCGUCGCCGUCAUCGAAGCUGGCGGAUGGGAUCCAGAGGUUCCGGGAGUAAACAUUCCUGGAAUGGUCGGCAGCACGCUGUUCAACCCCAAGCACGACUAUGCGUUCUUCACCGUGCCUCAGACCAACUCGAACGGCCGCAAGGUGUACCAGCCUCGGUCACGGGAAGGGCCUUGGGGGCUCAUCGGCGGUGCGUCUUUCGUCAACUACGAGCUCUUCGAGAACGCCGCGUUCUUACAUGUCUUCUGGUGGCAGAUCAACUUUCUUGGAAUGAAUCGCUCGUCGGCGCACGAAUACGAUGCCAUCGAGGCGCUGGGUAAUCCCGGGUGGAACUGGGAGGAGUUCCUCAAGUACAUGGUCAAGUCUGAGACGACGUUCCCGCUCGACUCGCAGGCGUACCCGACGCACUUCAACGCGCUGCACACGGCGAUCACCACCACGUUCGAGAAGGUCGGCGUGCCACUCAACUCGGAGCCGAACAGCGGGGAUCUCCUCGGCUCGUCCAUGCAGUUCACUUCGGUGGACCCAGUCUCAGCGACCCGCAGCUAUUCUGCUACGGCAUACUAUGUCCCCAACGCGUCUCGGAAGAACCUCCACGUCCUCAUCAACUCGACUGUCUCCAAGAUUGUCUUCGAGUCCGGCUCGGUCCCCCUCGUCGCUAACGGGGUUGAAGUUCUCAACGACGGCCGCAAGUUCAAUGACCAUAUCUCCGCUUGCAUCAUCGACGAGAUCGACCCCAGCAUUGAUACCAUCGACCCCACUCUUUCUCAAGAGCCGGAGGAGAUCAAGAAAGUUCAGGCGCUGUACGCCGAGAAGAAGGGUUUCUUAUCGUCUGCAUGCGCCGACAUAUUCGCGUACGCUCCGGCCAGCACCUUCGUCCCCCCGGAACAGGUGAAGGCCUGGGACGACCAAAUGAACAUGCUUCUCAAGACAGCCUCGCCCGGAUUGAAGAAGCAGCUCGAGAUCCAGCGCAAGUGGUUCCACGACCCCAAGUCUGGCGAGAUGGCCCCGGGAAAGCGUUACUCGUCCAUGUCUGGGAUCAUCCUGCACCCGACCUCGCGCGGGUCCGUCCACAUCGCUUCCACGGACCCCACCGCGUCACCGGCCAUCGACACCAACUACUUCGGGAACCCGCAGGACCUGGAGACGCUGCUCGCGAUCGUCAAGUUCGGGCUCAAAGUGCGCGCCACCGCGCCGUGGGCGGACGUCAUCCGCGCGCCCGUCGCGCCGAGCGCGGAGCAGCGCGCGUCCGACGAAGGGCUGGUGCAGUACAUCAAGGACAACUGCGGGCCGGUGUACCACCCCGUCGGGACCGCGGCGAUGCUCCCGCGCGAGGACGGCGGGGUGGUCGACCCGGCGCUGCGCGUGUACGGGACCGCGAACGUGCGCGUGGUGGACGCGUCGAUCCUUCCGAUGGAGAUCACGGCGCAUAGUCAGGCGACGGUGUACGCUAUUGGGAAAAGGUGGGGUGCGGACCUGAUCAAGAAAGACAUGUGA